GGCAUCGUUUUAAGAAUGGCGGAAUACGUAGCAGUCGGCGACAAGUUUACGUCGCCGGGUUUUAGUCCAACAAAUUAUGUGAAGAAUUUAGUUGAGAGCUCCGUCAGGAUAGAUGCCAUACUAAACGAGAGGCAGCAGAUUGCAAACCUCGCUGACGAAACUAACAACUUGUUGAAGAAAAAUGUCUACAAGAACUACAUGCAGUUCAUUGAGACUGCAAAGGAGAUCUCCUACCUGGAGAGCGAAAUGUACCAGCUCAGCCACAUGCUUACUGAGCAGCAGAACGUCAUGCAGUCUUUGCAAGAAAUCUCCAUCACAGACAGCAAAGGGUCCACAAAUAAUGUGUCCACUUCUGAGAAGAAAGAGGAGGACCCACGACGUAGCCUCUCAACACUUCUGGAAAAGGUCGAAGGUUGCACUCGGCUCCUUGAUGUGAAGGACAGGCACAUUGUCCGUGCUGGUGAGAUGAUGGAGGUGAAAGCGGAUGGCACCGAGUGCAAGAUUUACGUGGUGCUGCUGUCGGAUGGGUUGCUGCUUGCUGACUGGCUCCCUCAUAGGAGGGGCACAGUCCAGUACCGGUUCCAAAUACUUUACGAGCUGGACAAUCUUGCAGUAGUCAAUGUGAAAGAGGACCAAAAAACAAAGAACUGCUUCAGGAUACUGACAUUUCCACAUGCGCGGCAAUUUCAGUGUGAAACUGCUGCUGAAAAGAGAGUCUGGAUGGAAGCAAUAGAGCAGACGAAACAGGCCAAGAUGGCAGCCGUUUCCCUCAAGAGGGAAUCGGCUUUGCUUGACCCAAAGGGCAGCCUGCUGAGCAUUGACAACAACCCUUUUGAUGAAGAGGAGGCUGAGGAACUGUAUGAGUGCGAGAGUGGAUCUGUCCUGCCCGAAUGGCUGUCCGAACUUCCCGAGGACCUUGACGUGUGCGUGGCCGAGAGAGAUUUCGAGGGGGCUGUCAACCUGGUGCUGAAGACUGAGGAGCACUUUGGCCUGUACCCGAAUGCCAAGCCGCUGGAAGAGAUGAAGCCACGCAUUGACUACCGUGUCAAACACUUGGUUGACGUGUUGACCAACGAGCUGCACGUCUCGCCGGGCCGUUCUCUUCAGGGUGGACCACGCGCAGCACGUCGUGCUGUCAGCUUGCUCAUAAAGCUAGGGAAGUCGUCACAGGCUUGUGACCUGUUCCUGAAGCACCGCAGUGCCAUCUUGAAAUACUCGAUGCGACAGCAGAAGAUGGAAGGUGCCACUUCGCCAUACAUCAAGAAGCUGUGCGAGCUCUUCUUCAGCAUCAUGGUCGAGACAGGACGAGAGUUCAGUCAGGCAUUCAGCAGCAACAACAGCUGCGCUUCUUCUUUUGUUGUGUGGGCCAAGGACCAACUUCAAAACUUUGUCAAGCUCUUCUCAAACCACGUGUUCACCACGCAAGUCUCCCUGUCAGUGGCGACGGAGUGCAUCCUGGCUGUCCGUACCCAAUGCGAACGGCUGUGGGAGAUAGGCCUGGACUUGUCAUUCAUCCUGGAGAAGCUCCUCAAGAACGACGUCGAGCGAAUUAUAACAGAUUCAAGGGACAAGGCACAAGAAGCCAUCAAACUGAGAGCUGCGGAGGAUCGGUGGCGGCCACAGAACCUCUACAACAAGGCAGGGUUGCAGAAGCUGCUUGAUGACAUGAACAACCUUGGAAUCUCAAAUAUUUCUGCAUAUGUAUACGACGAAUGCUGGGUGUCCCUGUCAUCCAACACGGUAUCCUUCAGCAAGACCUUCUUGAAUCUUCUCGACGAUCUGCUCAAGUUGCACACGCCGGUCACGCGAGUUCUCAUUCUGGAAUCUCUGGCAACAACUUUUCGAGCACAUCUGCGUCACGUGGACGCCUCUCUUGCAAACAAGAGCUUCAAGUCGGACGUGCCACUAAUCCAAAAGAAUGCAGCUUUCCUGCUGGAGACGUUGCUGGAAGUCGCCGAGAAGAGGUGCGACACCAAGCUGCCCCACCUCUCCUCCUUCUGGAACGACCUUCGUGAGGAGUUUGCGUCGUGCAUGCCGCCCAAAAGCAGCAACAAGGGCGUCACAAAAUAUCCAGCCGUCGCGUUUAUUUGAUGCCACAGACUACCUUCUGCUACUUGCAAAAGGUUGAGGGGAAUGAAUCGUAGUCGGACCAAGAGUGGAUUUCCGUUAUUUAUUUGCUUGGGAAAAUAAAAAGUUAUUUAUGAA